UUUCUCUUGGUUGUCACUUCAAAACAUUUGAACGACGCCGUUUGAAUUUCAAACGUAUCUAGCACAACAAAAACAAAGAAAACAAAGCGAGGGAACGAGAGAAAAGUUAUUGAUUUGAAUAAUAAAUUUAAUAAAUUUGUAUGCCAUCAGAUAAAAAUUCAAAAUGUCAACGGAACAAAAAAAUAUUAAAGUUGUGGUGCGUGUUAGGCCCUAUAACCGAAGGGAAAUGGAACAAAAUCAACGAAGUAUUAUAAAAGUGCUUGAUCGUGAAACGUUGCUGUUUGAUCCUGACGAAGAGGACGACGAAUUUUUCUUCCAAGGAACCAAAGUUAAUCAUCGCGACAUAACUAAACGUGUUAACAAAAAAUUAUCAAUGGAGUAUGACCGCGUCUACGAUACGGACACCACAAACGUACAGAUAUUUCAAGAAUGUACAGCUCCGUUGGUUGACUCAGUAUUGAAUGGGUAUAAUUGUUCUGUUUUUGUGUAUGGUGCAACUGGAGCUGGUAAAACGUUUACAAUGUUGGGAAGUACCUCAAGUCCUGGAUUGACAUUUCUUACAAUGCGCGAUCUCUUUGAAAAGAUUGAAGCACAGAGCGAUGUCAGGAAGUUUGACGUGGGCGUCAGUUAUUUGGAGGUGUACAAUGAACAAGUAAUGAAUUUACUGACAAAAACGGGACCGCUGAAAUUGAGAGAAGAUUCAAAUGGUGUUGUGGUCAGUGGUCUGGUCCUUAAACCUAUAUUUAGUGCAGAGGAGCUACUCGAACUGUUGGCAUUGGGAAAUUCUAAUCGAACACAACAUCCAACAGAUGCAAAUGCAGAAAGUUCGAGAUCGCAUGCUGUUUUUCAAGUUCACAUAAGAAUGACUGAUCGUAAGACGGGCACUAAACGUAUGGUAAAGUUAUCUAUGAUUGACUUGGCUGGCAGUGAACGUGCUGCCAGUACCAAAGGUAUUGGUAUUCGAUUUAAAGAGGGGGCCAGUAUAAACAAAAGUCUAUUGGCACUUGGUAAUUGCAUAAAUAAACUGGCUGAUGGAUUGAAACACAUUCCCUAUCGUGAUUCCAAUUUAACUCGAAUUCUAAAGGAUUCCUUAGGGGGCAACUGUCAGACAUUAAUGGUAGCUAAUGUGUCUAUGAGUUCCUUGACUUAUGAAGACACCUACAAUACGUUAAAGUAUGCAAGUAGAGCGAAGAAGAUUCGGACUACACUGCGUCAGAACGCACUCAAAACCAAUAUGCCAAAGGAGUUCUACGUCAAAAAAGUCAAUGAACUUAUGGAUGAGAAUGAUCGGCUCAAGAAAAACAUGGCUACACUUGAGUCGAAAAUUAGCAAGGCAUCAACAUACGAUGAUAGUGAACUGAAACCGUGGUACAUCCAAAUCGACCAAAUAUUUUUGACAAUACUACAGAUUCAAGAUCAAUAUAUUACUUUGAAGAGUCGUCUUAAGAAUCUCACGUUGAGGAGAAAACUCAAAACAGAUAUGGAGGAUUUUCGCAAAAUGCUUAACGUCGAUAGCAGGCAACAAGAGAACUUUGAUAAUUUUUCUGCGACAAUUACCAAUUUAAGUAAGGAAAUUGAUAAAUUGGAACUGGAAAUACCGUGUUGGCGACAGAAGUUACAGAGUUCAUAUAAGGAUUUAGAAAAGCUGAAACAAGAAAUUAAAUCAUCAAAACUUGCGAAUAUAUUAAUGAUAUAUGUUAAGGGGAAGAAUAUGGAAGUACAGAGCUCCAAACAGACUCUCAUAAAUAAACACAUUACCAACAUAGACACCGAGGUUGUGGUUAAUGCUCAUUGGCUGCAAAGAGCUUUUACUUUAGCUGGCGAUGUAAUCAAAAACGGAACCUUGAACGCUGAGCAAAGGUAUCACUAUGAUCAACUGCAACGACAUUUACUUGGAACAACCCUGAGCACUGUUCCUAAUAAUAUAAAUGUUGGAGAGCAGCUAAUGAAUGGUAUUCAGCCAGAGCCCAUUGAGGAAGAUGUUGAUGGAAUGUGUUCGGAAGGAAACGGGAAGAAAACUAAUGGUAGUAAACGUUUUCGAAUGGAAGAAUAUGACUUGGAUGAUUUAGAUGGCAUGAACAGCAACUCGGACCAGGAUGAUGAUGACUGUACGAAUGGCAAUGGCGGUGAGAUCGUUGAUAUGCACACAACAUUUAAAAUGCCAACCAAGAAAACUCGUGCAAAUCUCAAUGAAACUCAAGUUCUGUCAGUGGAUGCAAACGUUAAUGCUACAUUUUACAUGGCGUCGUCAGGUGCUUGCAACAGUUCCAAGAAAAAUAUGAGAAAUGGCAAAGCUUUGCCUGCAUGCAAAGGAAAUCUUGUUACAAAUGUGCUGUCAGAGCAAAUUGUUAAAGGCCCCUCUAAUUCUGAACAACUGAAGAAUGUUCUUCUUAAGUCAAAGAAAUUUACGCACAACAAUCUUUUGAAAACUGUUGCCGCUGGCGUGCAGAAAGAAAAUAUAAAGAAAUUUAGCCCUAAUCGAGUGAGGAAAAGUCCCCACACAGUGAGUAGCAGAGGCACAAAUUUGGUUAAACAGCGUAUAGCUACACGAACAAAUAACCCAACUGCAACAGACGCUCCCGUAGUAAGAAUUAACAGAGCAGCUUCGUUUCGAGUUAAAAAAUAAUAAUAGAAUACAAAAAUCUAGGAUAGUUUUAGAAUAUAGUUGGCUUUAAGAUUUUUUUAUUUUAUAAUCUAAUUAUAUUUUUAUCUGAAAAGAAUUAUUUAAUGUUUCUUUAGUUACACAUAUUUUUAAACUUAACAAUUGUAAACCCCGCCUGUACCCGGCAUUGGAUUUGAUAAAUAUUCCAAUGUCAACAACCAAUUAAAAAUGUUUGUCAUUCCAAACAAUA